AUGGCACAGCCAUUGAUCCUUUCACCGGAGCUGCAGCUUCCCGGUGUGGCGAUUGUCGAGAAGGUCACAGUGGAACAUUUCGAGCACCAAACAGAAAGUCUUUGUUCAGAAAAGAACGGACUUCUACUCGCCGAGACAAAAGAUAAGAUCGAUAACAAUCUUCUGUCAAAGGGUUCUAUAGGAACAGUUGAUGAAGUCCUUAAUAAAAGCAACGAAUCAGCCAGCGAAGAUGUACCAGCGGAUUUUCACAAGACACCUCAGAAAGCUACAGAAAAUGGAGAAAAUUUCAUGGCCAAGGAUCCUCCCAAGUACACGAUGGACGAAAUUGCAGGACACAACACCAUCGCAGACUUAUGGGUUGUUAUUGAUAAUGAUGUUUAUGAUAUGACCGAGUUUCAGCACAAGCAUCCCGGUGGCUACAAAGUCAUGAGAGGAGUUGCAGGAAAAGAUGCCACCAAGAAGUUCGAUAAACACCAUAGAAGGGCGGUUCUUGCACCGAAAAAGGAGACCCUCCUUAUCGGAACGGUGAAUGAGAGUGGUCCGUUGAGUCAGUCAAAACAUAAGGAAGGUUUACUUCGGAGGCUCGGUUUCGGGGUUGGGUUUGGAUCACAUAGGUGA